AUGGAGUUGUGCAAAUGGACCUCCGAUAGUGCAGAGUUGAUUAAGAGACUGCCGGAGGUCCAGUUCAAAGAGGCGGUCACAAACGUGACAGCAGAGGGCAAGUCAGCCACGAAAGCCUUAGGGGUGAUCUGGGAUCCCGCGUCGGACAAAUUCAGGUUUGAUCCGGCGCAGGUACUCAGAGAAGCCCGCGAAAUUGGUGACAGACCCACCAAACGGAAGCUUUUCAGCCUGGCACUGAAGAUCUUUGACCCUUUGGGUCUCAUCGCUCCGGUGACGUUGGUGGGGAAACUCAUCAUGCAAAAGGUGUGGUUGGCGGGCUCAGGAUGGGAUGAGCCCAUUCCAAUCGAGGUGAUACCUCAUUGGAAAACAUUCAUUGACGGAAUAACAGAGCUGAGGAAUACCUGUCAGCUCCGAUGGUCGGGAGAUCAUGAAGGGAGACUUCAUCUUUUCUGCGAUGCAAGCAACGACGCCUACAGUGUGGUGGCGUACUUGCAGAGAAUCGAUGGGGAAGACCCAGUGAUGCUGUGUAGCAAAACGAGAGUAGCGCCGGACCCUAAGAAAUCAGUCUCGAUCCCGCGGCUGGAGCUUCUGAGUGGGCUACUGGCCGCGAGGCUCGGGAGCUACGUCGAGAAAGCGACGGAAACAGUCAUCAAGAAAAAACUUCUGUGGACCGACUCAGCGAUAGCCUACUGGUGGAUGAAAGGCGAGGCUGGUCGGUGGAAGCAGUUUGUUUACAAUAGGGUGAGAGAGAUAAGACAGACAGUGGAGACUGAAGAAAUCAGGCACUGCCCAGGGUUACAAAACCCGGCGGACGUAGCAUCCAGAGGGGCUACGGCCGCGCAGUUAAACGCACAAAAGAGUUGGUGGACUGGCCCAUCUUGGAUGGGGAAAGAGAAGGAGUGGCCCCAGUCACCAAGCUCAGCGACCGAGCUCCAAUUACAGGAGGUCUCGGUCGAAGAAAAGACAGUCGAAGUAACGCAAUGCGCGAUAUCAAUCGAAGCAAAGUGGUACGAAAGAUUCAGCUCCAUGCGAGUCAUGGUAAGAGUCUUGGCCACGAUGCUAAGGGCGAUAAAAAAGUUCAAAGGCCAAGAUAGUCCGGAAAGCCCGGCUGCAACGGUCAGACAUCGGGGAAGGAGGUUGAAAUUCCCCGUGUUGACAACAGAAGAGACUCGAGAGGCAACGAUCGAGCUCUACAAAGAAGCCCAGGCGACUCACUACUUAGCAGUGGUGAAGAGCUUUAAAGCUGGGAAAACAGAAGUCCCACAUGAGUUGAGGAAACUCGGCCUCAUGUGGGACAGCAAAGACGAGUUGAUCAGGUGUCGAGGCCGGCAUCUAAAUUGGAUGGAAUACAAUAAAAAAGCAGCGCUCAUUCUGCUACCGGCCGAACACAUCAUAACAAAGAGACUGAUUGAACAAACGCAUCUUCGGUUGAAACAUACCGGAGUGAAAACCAUGAUGGGGGCACUCAGAACGGAUUUCUGGAUUCCGAAGAUGCGGCAGACCAUCAAAAAAGAGACAAGCAAGUGCACGAGAUGCCAGAGAAUGGACUCGAGACACUUCGAUGAAAUACCGGCGCCCCUACCGUUGGACCGCCUGUAA